CUGAAUUUCUACACUGCAAAGGGAAGAAAUUUACUGAUUUUGAUGAAGUUCGUCAGGAGAUUGAAGUAGAAACAGAUAGAGUAACAGGAAUGAACAAAGGCAUUUCUUCAGUUCCUAUUAAUUUAAGAAUAUAUUCUCCACAUGUCUUAAGCCUGACCCUUAUCGAUUUGCCGGGAAUCACUAAAGUGCCAGUGGGGGAUCAGCCUCCAGAUAUUGAGCAGCAGAUCAGAGACAUGAUAAUGCAGUUCAUCUCUCGAGAGAACUGCCUGAUCCUGGCUGUGACUCCAGCUAACACUGACCUGGCCAACUCAGAUGCCCUGAAGCUGGCAAAGGAAGUGGACCCUCAGGGCCUCAGGACCAUCGGUGUGAUCACAAAACUGGAUCUGAUGGAUGAAGGAACAGAUGCAAGAGAAGUUCUGGAAAACAAACUCCUCCCUCUUCGUAGAGGUUAUAUUGGUGUUGUAAACAGAAGCCAGAAAGACAUUGAUGGGAAGAAGGACAUAAAGGCAGCUCUUCUAGCAGAAAGGAAAUUCUUUCUUUCCCACCCGUCCUACAGGCACAUGGCAGAUCGGAUGGGAACACCGUAUCUCCAGAAAGUUCUGAACCAGCAACUUACCAAUCAUAUUCGGGAUACCCUGCCAGCCUUCAGAAGCAAACUCCAGAGCCAACUGCUCUCUAUAGAACAUGAAGUAGAGGUAUACAAAAACUUCAGACCAGAAGAUCCCACCAGAAAAACGAAAGCCCUAUUGCAGAUGGUACAACAGUUUUCAGUGGACUUUGAAAAAAGAAUUGAAGGAUCAGGAGAUCAAGUUGAUACGCUAGAGCUUUCAGGAGGUGCCAAAAUCAAUCGUAUUUUCCAUGAACGUUUUCCCUUUGAACUUGUGAAGAUGGAAUUCAAUGAGAAGGAACUGCGGAGAGAGAUAAGUUACGCCAUCAAGAACAUACACGGGAUCAGAACAGGUUUGUUCACUCCAGAUAUGGCGUUUGAAGCCAUUGUUAAAAAACAGAUAGUUAAGCUGAAAGGACCUUGCUUAAAAAGUGUGGAUCUGGUGAUGCAAGAGUUAAUCAACACUGUCAAGAAGUGCACUAAAAAGUUGGCAACAUAUCCAAGGUUGUGUGAGGAAACAGAAAGAAUUGUUGCUGGCUACAUUCGUGAAAGAGAAGAGAAGACCAAGGACCAGAUGCUGCUGCUCAUUGAUAUCCAGGUUUCUUAUAUCAACACCAACCAUGAAGACUUCAUUGGCUUUGCAAAUGCCCAACAAAGAAGCAGUCAGGUUAACAAAAGUGCAGUGGGAAAUCAGCCACAGGUCAUCCGGAAAGGCUGGCUCACCAUCAACAACAUUGGCAUCAUGAAAGGAGGAUCCAAGGAAUACUGGUUCGUUCUGACUGCAGAGAGCUUGUCCUGGUAUAAAGAUGAUGAGGAGAAAGAGAAGAAGUAUAUGCUGCCUUUGGACAACUUGAAAGUGCGAGAUGUUGAAAAGAGCUUCAUGUCCAGCAAACACAUCUUUGCAUUGUUUAACACAGAGCAGAGGAAUGUUUACAAGGAUUACCGUUUCCUUGAGCUAGCCUGUGACUCCCAAGAGGAGGUGGAUAGCUGGAAGGCAUCCCUGCUACGAGCCGGUGUCUAUCCUGAUAAAUCCUCAGGGAGCAACAAAACUGAAACUGAAGAGAAUGGCCAAGCAGAUAAUUUUUCAAUGGAUCCCCAGCUGGAAAGACAGGUGGAGACAAUUCGAAAUCUUGUGGACUCCUACAUGUCUAUUAUUAACAAAUGUAUCCGAGAUUUGAUACCGAAAACAAUCAUGCACCUCAUGAUCAAUAAUGUAAAAGAAUUUAUCAAUGCAGAGCUGCUGGCUCACCUGUAUUCUUCGGAGGACCAGAACACUCUGAUGGAGGAGUCGGCGGAGCAGGCGCAGCGGCGGGACGAGACCCUGCGCAUGUACCAGGCCCUGAAGGAGGCUCUGGCCAUCAUCGGGGACAUCAGCACCAGCACGGUCUCCACCCCUGCUCCCCCUCCUGUCGACGACUCGUGGCUUCAGCAGGCACGCAGAUCACCUCCUCCAAGUCCUUCAACUCCGAGGAGACCUACACUGAACAAUCCCCCAACCAGACCCUUAUCUGGCCGAGGACCCGCUCCUGCAAUCCCCUCUCCAGGCCCUCAGUCGGGGGCUCCCCCAGUCCCGUUCCGCCCUGGAGCUCUGCCUCCGUUUCCCAGCGCUGACGCCCAUGGAGGACCUCCCCAGGUUCCCUCUCGGCCCAGCCGGGCUCCUCCCAGCGUGCCAAGCUUCAGGGCUUGUUCUUUCGUUGGCUUGGACUUGAGCUGCAGGCCGUGCCAGCUGAUCCCGUGUGCCAGUGGCAAAGGAAGGUCUGCACCGGGCUUGAAUGGAAAUUCAAAAUAGCGGUCAGUGUGCAGGAACAGCUCUGGUUCAAAGAGGAAACCUGAUUUUGGUCCAGGUUUGGUUUGACUGAUUAUAUCCAGGAAAUCCUCCCACUGUGCUCUCCAGUUUCUGAUCCUGCUGUGUUAAAUAGCAAUUUGGCUCAAUUGCAUUAUUUGAAUCCAGUGGGCUGCAUUUAACCUGGCAUUAAAAUGCAUGUUUGGGCUUGUAUCUUUUAAAUUUGAUAUGAAGACAGCUGUAUGCAUUUUCCCUUGUUUGUAAAUUGUAUACAUAUGAUACGAUGUUUUCAGUAAGCGCUAAACAAUGCAAUGUGAGGCAUUUCAACAAAGGAAUAAUUUAAUGCAACCCAGCAGAAAUGCAGAGCCUUAGAAGUGGUUCUUUAUGAAACUACAAAUUUUGGAAAUGGGUCCAGAAGACCUACACUGGAGCAACACAAGAAACAAUAGUUAACACAGUAACAUUUUUCCUGUAAGAAAAAUACACCAUGAAGAAAUUAUAUUUUGCCUAUUUUUUUUUUAGCUUGUUGAUUUACUUGAAUGCUUUAGUUGGCAUAUUUUGUAUUUGUUGCAUGGUAGGGAUUAAAAUUCUCAUUUCUUCACCAAAAGAGAAUUUUGUCGCACAAGAUGCACUUUAAACCGAACGAGAUUUUUUUGGGGCAAGUGUAAAUUUGUCUCACAUAUUUUGUUCCAGUUCAAAGAAGAUUAACACAUUGUUGUGUUCUUUCAUCUUCAGUUUAGCUUUAGCAGAAUGAGACACAUUUCCUUCUUGAGAGCCACAACUGUCCCUACCUGCACAGGUGGAGGAAGGGUUAGGAAGGGCCGCACAGUUUGUUGGGGCAAAUUCUUAAUUUCUUCUUAUUAUUAACAAUUAUUAAUGAGCUCUGCUGGAGCUGAUGGGAACCAACCUCAGCUCCCACCUUGCUCAGAGUGUGGAUACUGCCAUGAGCCCUCCUGGUGAUCUGGGCUGAGUUAAGGAACAGAGAGAGAGAACCUGGUCCUUCCUGCUAAAGAAAAGGAGCAAAAACACCGUGUGAGACAUGGAUUGGGAUAAAUGCAGCAACAGAGGGUGCUGGAGGGUGCUGGACAGCUGGCUGGGGGAGCAGGCUGGCUGGCAGGAACAGCCUCUUGGGCUGUUUAUCCAGCACACAGCAGUGCCAGGCAGGACUGUGUGAGCUGUCAAUUGUCAGCUCAGAUCGGCGUGCAGGUGGAAUGGAGCAUCUACAAAAUACUCUUUGUAACUAAACUGAUGGAAUUGCCUCCACACAGCCCUGAGGUGGACCUUACUGCACACAAAAAGGUAAAGUGUUACACAGCUACCAGAGGGACUCAGCAGAGUUGGGUGUUACCCUUGGAUGAAGGGAGGGAGGGAUAAGUGCCAGCCUGGACCGCAGGUAGAAUGUGCUUGGAGAUCACACUGCUGCUAUCUCUAGCUCUGGGGUCUCUUAUCAGAGGAUGACACAGUCCAAAUUAAAGUGCAGGGGUUUGCAGUACACGGGAAAAUGAAAUGAAGGCACCUCAGUGUUCCCAAAAAAACCCCGUGACUCCAUAACACUUCCUGAAGUUGACAGAAAAAUGCAUUAGUGGUAAAUCAAUGAAUCCCUGGCCAUGAUUGGCAUUUUCAAAACUGGCCAUCGAUACAAAGCCUCAAAAUGUGCCUCAGAUUCAGGCACAUUGGUAGGGCUGCAGUUUGCCCAGGUAUGCAAGAAGCUGCAGAUUUUCCUGCUUCUGCAGUGUGGACCUGAAGUUGCUGCAGGCUGUUUUCCCCAGUCCUGCUGCCUGCUCUGUGCCUGUCCAGGCUGGGACUGAGCCCUGAAAGCCGGGAAUAGCGAUCCUGCCCUGCUGGUUUGCGUGGCUCCAGAAGGUAAUGGUGUGUGGAGAACCCCCAGGCUGUGCACAACCAUGGGUGAGAGGGUAAAGCAUGGCAGAAACCCAAACCCCUUUCCUCCUUCACCUCUCAAGGGUGUCUUGCUCCAGCAUAGGUGGCAGUAGGAUUGUUGUGUGUGUGAGCACGUGCAUGUCCCUGUAACAACAG